GCCGCCGCCGCUGCCGUCGCCGAGUGUGCAGGCCUCCGCUGCUUGCGGGCUGCGUGUCUGCCUCCGCCGACCAGCCUCCGCCAUGGACCUGUUCGGGGACCUGCCGGAGCCCGAGCGCUCUCCGGCUGCCGGGAAAGAAGCUCAGAAAGGAUCUCUGCUCUUUGACGACCUCCCUCCGGCCAGCAGUACUGACUCAGGACCAGGCGGACCUUUGCUUUUUGAUGACCUCCCACCAGCCAGCAGUGGCGAGUCAGGUUCUCUUGACACCUCCAUAUCCCAGAUGGUAAAGAAUGAAGGGAAAGGAGCAAAGAGAAAACCCUCUGAAGAAGAGGAGAAUGGCAGUGAAGAGCUUGUGGAAAAGAAAGUUUGUAAAGCCUCUUCAGUGAUUUUUGGUUUGAAAGGCUACGUGGCUGAGCGGAAGGGCGAGCGGGAGGAGAUGCAGGAUGCCCAUGUCAUCCUGAAUGACAUCACGGAGGAGUGUAGGCCCCUAUCAUCCCUCAUUACCCGGGUUUCCUAUUUUGCUGUUUUUGAUGGACAUGGAGGAAUUCGAGCCUCAAAAUUUGCUGCACAGAAUUUACAUCAGAACUUAAUCAGGAAAUUUCCUAAAGGAGAUGUAAUCAGUGUGGAGAAAACUGUGAAGAGAUGCCUUUUGGACACUUUUAAGCAUACUGAUGAAGAGUUUCUUAAACAAGCUUCAAGCCAGAAACCUGCCUGGAAAGAUGGGUCCACUGCCACGUGUGUUCUGGCUGUAGACAACACUCUUUAUAUUGCCAACCUCGGAGAUAGUCGGGCAAUCCUGUGUCGUUAUAAUGAGGAGAGUCAAAAACAUGCAGCCUUAAGCCUCAGCAAGGAGCAUAACCCAACACAGUAUGAAGAACGAAUGAGAAUACAGAAGGCUGGAGGGAACGUCAGGGACGGGCGUGUCUUAGGUGUGCUGGAGGUGUCCCGAUCCAUUGGGGAUGGGCAGUACAAGCGCUGCGGGGUCACUUCUGUGCCAGACAUCAGACGUUGCCAGCUGACCCCCAAUGACAGGUUCAUUUUGCUGGCCUGCGACGGCCUCUUCAAGGUCUUUACCCCAGAAGAAGCUGUGAACUUCAUCUUGUCCUGCCUCGAGGAUGAGAAGAUCCAGAGCCGGGAAGGGAAGCCUGCUGUGGAUACCCGCUACGAAGCAGCCUGCAAUAGGCUGGCCAACAAGGCAGUGCAGCGGGGUUCGGCGGAUAACGUCACGGUGAUGUUGGUGCGGAUAGGGCACUGAGGGCGUGGCGUGCCACUGGCUUCAGAGGUUCAUGUGUGUGUGUACACAUUAUGUGUGUUUCGUGUACUCCUGUGGGAUUCCCAUGGUUGUAAAUAAAAGUUUCUCUUUUUUCUAA